CCCGGAGCCUGAGAACGGGGCCGGGGCCGGAGCUGCCGGCCGGAGGAUGCCUGGCGGAUAAAUGUGGCCUAAACCCGACAUCCCUUUGCUGUUGUUGUUGAUCGUGACUGUGGCGGAGCAGGAACGGCCAGGUUGUGGAGGUCAUGGUUUAGGAAGAAGGGUCUAGGCCCGAAACAUCAGCCUUCCUGCUCCUCUGAUGCUGUUUGGUCUGCUGUGUUCAUCCAGCUCUACAUCUUGUUAUUCCAUGGUUUGGGAACAGCUGUCUAGGAGCCUUGAGCUGCGCUGUACUCCUGGACAAUUUGCAUGUAAUACUGGAACAAUUCAGUGUAUCCCUCUGACUUGGCACUGUGACGGCUGGCAGACCUGCGAAGAUGGCAGCGAUGAACUGGAUUGUCCAGGUAUAAUUGGCGAUCAUCAGAUACAUCGCAUGAAGGAAACGGUGGACUUGAAACAUGGGCGUGGCAGAGGAGCUGAGGACACCCGCUUUUACCCUGUUAACAUGGGCCAGCCAUUUCAAUUGGAACGGAAGUGCCCAACUGGCUGGCAUCACUAUGAAGGGACAGCGAGCUGUUACAGAGUGUAUUUAAACAGCGAGAACUAUUGGGAUGCUGUCCAGAUGUGUCAGCAAGUGAAUGGAUCACUGGCCACUUUCACGACCGAUCAGGAGUUACGCUUCAUCCUGGCCGAAGAGUGGGACCUGGAGGAGCGACCAGUGAGCCGCAAGGACCAGCGCAGAUUCUGGGUUGGCUAUCAAUACAUGGUAACCAACCGAAGUCACACUUCCCUCCAGGGGCAAUGGGAAGUAGCCUACAAGAGCAGUUCCUCCGAAGUCUUCCUUCCCCCAGAGAAGGUAACAUUCUUUGGGAUGACCAUCUCUGAACAGGAGAAUGUGUUAUGUGCUCAGCUGCAAUGCUCCCACUUGCCCAGCCUACGGCACCGUGGAUUGCACAGCUGGUAUGCAGAGAACUGCAAUGAGAAGUCAGCAUUUCUUUGCAAGAGAAGUCAAACCUGUGUGGAUAUAAAAGAUAACGUGGUGGAUGAGGGCAAGUAUUUCACUCCAAAGGGGAACGACCCAUGUUUGAGCUGCACCUGCCACAAUGGCGAACCAGAAAUGUGUGUGGCCGCUCUGUGUGAGCGGCCCCAGGGCUGUCAACACUAUGAAAAGGACCCAAAGGAAUGCUGCAAAUUCACCUGCCUGGACCCAGGUAAAGCAGAUAGCAACAGUAUUUUUGACUCUAUGGCAAGUGGAAUGCGUUUGAUUGUGAGCUGCAUCUCUUCCUUCCUUAUCCUGUCGUUGCUCCUCUUUAUGGUUCACCGAUUGCGACAGAGACGCAGAGAACGAAUUGAGUCUCUCAUUGGUGGCAAUUUGCAUCAUUUUAAUCUGGCCCGGAGUAGAAUGCCAGGCUUCGAUUAUGGCCCAGAUAGUCUUGGAUCAGGAUUAACCCCUCUACAUCUUUCUGACGAUGGUGAGGGAGGAGCAUUCCACUUCCAUGACCCCCCACCACCAUACACAGCUUAUAAAUAUCCUGACAUACAACAUCCUGAUGACCCACCACCUCCAUAUGAAGCAUCCAUCAGUCCAGGCAGCAUGCUGUGUGUCAACCAAGACUGUGAAUCUGGACAGACGAUGGAGCCAAGCAGCCAUCGACCUAUGGUAGAGGGUGCUGCUGGAGAUCAGGUGGAUGCCACAAACUUUACUCUACCAGCUGUGGCAGAGGAACUGGAAGAUUCAGCUGACAGCAGUACCUUGCUCGUGCCAUGUGACACAUGCUCAGAGAGUGAAGCACUAAGCAGUCACCCCACAAUAAACACUGUUGUAUAAAUGGGAUGGGUCUAUUACUGUUUUUUGAAGUAAAAGCAAAUGUUUGCAAUGUGCUGUACAGGCAAACACUAGUCUGAUGACUAUAAAAGGCUUAGUUCAGGUCUUCAGCAGUAGAUUUCCUGUUUCAAUGAGUGCGUUACUCCUCUGUGUAUAUAUUGAUGGUGGAAUGCAGCACCUUUCCCUGGAGACAGGUGCAGUAGGACUUUAGGAAGCUAAAGGGCAGCUGGAUUUGUGUUUUUUUUUAAAUAUAGAUUUUGCAUCUGAGUACAGAGCUUCAAGUUGAGAGGCUGGAACAGCCUUGAGUUGGUGGUUUUGCAUGCUGAAUAUAUACUGGCAUCUCAAAGCUCUUAUAACCGGGUCUUGCAAACUGGCAACAGAAGGGGUCAGUAGUCAGAAAGAGCUUUGUGAUAUUUCUAGACAAACAGAAGUGCACUUAUUGUCACCAUUCUGUUCUGUCAUUGGGCUACAGCAGUGAUGGAAGUGGGCUGUAUACUAAGAUGAAUGGUACUUGGAGAAUGCAUGUUGCAGAGACUGUUUACAAGGUUUUAGUGCUCGGGAAGUGGGGUGGGAGAUGCAGGCUGGGUGUUACUAAUCCUUUGGGUGUUUUGAGGCAAUACUAACGUGGAGGUGGAGUCAGUGCACUAGAGGAGGGAGUUACAGUCUCUCUCAAGCUGUAAGAGUGUCCACAGUCUUUCCCAGAUUAGGGGGUUUGCAGGCUGCCUCAGGGUCUCAUGGGCGCAAGGGGUGACUGGCUUUUUUGGUUUGGGGCCAGUGUUAACUGAUCCACUUGGACAGAGGGUGAGGGUCUGAAUUUGCAGAUAUUAUCCAAUAGUGCAAGGCUCAGUGUAUUUUUUUUGCCAGUACAGUAUCAGUAGCAGCAGUUAGUUAACCGGAAGGAGGCUGUGCUCCAAUCUCAGGCUGUUGAUGAAGGCACAAGAGGUCCUAUGUUCCCAGCCCGGGGGGACCAAAUGGCAGGACGGAAAUGCAUCCUGCGAGGCGUAGGGUUAGAGCCUGAGAGCAUAUUACCACGCUUUGUGCUCCCUUUCCUACUCGCUCCGCUGCAGAUUUUCAAUAUCAUGUUCAUUUCUAUUCAAGAAUGCCGAUUGAUAUAUUAAUAAGUGGAAUUAAUAUUGAUCAAUAAGUUGAUCAUUAUUACUGAUGCAGUUUUGAUUGAUAUUGAUAUGAACAGUGAUUUUGCGGUCAAUAUUGAUCACCCAUAUUGAUGUGGUUGGUUGAUAUCAGUCAAUGUUGAUCCUUGAUGUUGAUGUGGUUAAUAUUGAUGAAUGAUACCUUUGUCUUUGGGGCAACAUUUAGGGGGCAGUGACAUGUACUGUAGAUUUAGAUUGAUUAUGGAAUAAAGCAAGGAACAUUCCAGGGUAAGAAUAAUUACGUGGGGGGAAGCCAAUUUCAAGGAUCUGACUCCGAUAAAUUGAAAUCAGAGUUUGGCAGGUAAAUAGCAACUAAAUAAUGAGCUGCUUUUAAAGACGAGUUUGAGCACAGUUGAGGCACACACUCAGAGGAAAGGUAAAGCAAAUAAAUCCAGAGUUCCCAAAUGACACAAGAGGUACAAUUUAAGAUGUAGAGGCGAAAGUGUGCCUCUGGCCCACAUCAGGUGGACAGUACAGCAGAGAACCAUACCUGAGUAUAGAAGGUUUAGAGGGGAAGUGGAAGAGAAAGCAAAGAAAUAUAUCUUAAAAAACUGGCAGCUUGUACACAAGGAAAUCCCAAAGUCUUCUAAAGGCACAGUAAAAUGGUAGAAUGGAGGGAGCCUAUUAGGGACCAAAAAGGGGAUUUACAUGGGGGUCAUAGCCAGGGCAUUAAUGCUUUGCAUCUCAAGGAGGAAGAUGCUGUGCAGCCAUCACGAAAGAAGGCAGACUUCACAUACUUGAAGGGUCUAAAGCUGAUGAUGAGCUGGAUAGGCUGUUUCUCCUUACUAAACGUGAGGCACCAGAACAGGAUGAGAUGCAUCCAAAGAGAGUAGAACCUGAGGCCAUUAUUAUCAAUCUUACUUAGAAUCCGUGAUGGUGCCAAUGGGACUGGAGAUUUGCAGAUCUUACACCUUUGUUCAUAAAAAGUUUUUCAAGAUAAGCCAGGAAAUUACAGGCCAGUCAGUUUAACCUUUGAUAGGAAACCUUCUAAAACUAUAAGUUUAGAUUGAUUCAUCCACAUUUGUCCAAGUGACUAUUAAUUUUAAGUGAGCUCAUCUUGUUUAACUAACUUGCUGGAGCUUUUCAAAGGAACACAUUUGAUGAACUCAAUGCUGUUGAUGUGUGCAUAUCCUCAGGAAAGACAUUUGAUAUAGUGAGGUACAACAGACUUGUUAUAGCUUAUGGAAUAAGAGGUACUGUAGCAACAUGAUAUGAAAUUGGCUGAGUGACAGGAAACAAAACUUUUUCAUGUUUUUGGACUGGAGAGAGGAUGGUAGUGGAGAUCAACAGAGGUCAAUGUCAGGAUCCUUGCUGUUCCUUAUAUAUAUGAAUAAUCUAGACAUUGAUUUACAAGGCACAAUUUCAAAAUUUGUAAAUGGUGUAAAAUUUGAAAGCAUUGCGAACUGUGAGAAUGAUGACAUUGAUUUUAAGGAUCAUUGUCAGCUUGGUGGAAUUGGCAGCCAAGGUUUAAUGCAAGCAGAGUGAUGAAUUUUGGUUGGAAAAACAGAGGGAGACAAUGGGUGUAAUUUUAAAGGAGAUACAAGAGCACUGUGUAAAUGUGCAUAAAUCAUUGAAGAUAGCAGGAUUAGGUUGAAAGUGGUUAAUGAAGCCUGCAGUAUUUCAGGGUAUAUUAAUAGGGGUAAAGAGUACAAGAGCAGGGAGGUUGUGUUGAACAGUUACACAAUGCUGCUUUGGCCUUAACUGGAGCAUUGGCUUUAGUUCUGGGCACUGCACUUUAAGAAGUCAUUGGACAAGGUCUAGAGAAGAUUCAUGAGAUUGGUUCCAAGGAUGAAGAGUUUCAGUGACUUGUAUAUAUUGGAGAGGUUCACAUAAUUCUCUGCAAAAAGAAAAACAUUCAAAGGAAAUUUGCUAGUGCUCACAAUCAUGGGGCUGGACAGAGUUGAUAGGAAGAAACUGUUCCUGUUGGUAGAAGGAUCAAGAACAGGGCACAGAUUUAAAACAAGAAGUGACAUCAUGUAAUAAAAAGUUCCUGUGGCAAGUGGAAUGCACUUCUUGAGUAUGUGGUGGAGGCAGGUUCAGUAGGGGUACUUGGUGAGGCGAUGGCCUUAAUGGUAUUAUUGCUGAAAUGUUAACCCAGAGACCCAAAUAAUGUUCUGGGGACUUGAGUUUGAAUCCUGCCACAGUAGAUGAUGGAAUUUGAAUUCCAUAAAAUGUCUGGAAUUAAUCUAGUGAUGAUUAUGAUUGUUUCAUAACCAAUUAUUGUUGAUUGUUGCAAAAACCCAUCUGGUUCACUAAUGCCCUUUAGGGAAGGAAACUGCCAUCCUUACCUGGUCUGGCUUGCAUGUGACUCCAGACACACAGCAAUGGGGUUGACUGUUAACUGCCCUCUGGGCAACUAGUGAUGGGCAGUAACUGCAGUCUAGUCAGGGACACCCUCAUCCCGAGAAUGAAUAAACGUGAGAGAAUUGAAGGGCACUUUCUUUGGAGAGCUGUAACAGACAAGACUAGCUGAAGGAUACCUCAACCACUCAUUGGCCACAGCAGAGAAAAAGCCAGUGUGGCUGAUUGAUAUUGAUCAGUGAUAUUGGCCUUCACAUUUACGUGGAAAAAAUGUCCAUCCAGAUGGAGACUUUAGAAAUUGUGCACCACCUUUCUAUUGUGUAGCCACAAUUUCUGCCCUUGGAACUCAAUUCACAUAACCAGGUGCAUGCACGCACAAAACUAUUCAAAUACUGCAAUUACCAGAUGUUUGUAUUUAGUUUGUCUGUAAUUGAUCUUACUGUGGCAGUGGAAAGUUUUUGAUAUUUGGUGAAAUAUUAUGUAGAAAUUAAAUUUGAUACUGUUAAUCGGUCCAUGCGUGUUCAGGAGUUUCCAUUUUUCACUUUUUUGGCAGCACAUUCAAGUUUUCAUGUUGCUGUUAAUACAUUCAUUGAAAUGCCAAAUAAAUUCUAAAGUGGAGAUAA